AUGGGUUUAUGUACAUCAAAAAAACACAACUAUCCUCUUUAGAGAAGCUAACCGUAAAGAAAUAUUGAAAUCGACUUUGUCAAAUUGUUAGAGUAUAAUCGUAAAAAGGAAGUCAAGGAUAAUAAGAACAAUUAACAACAACAAUCAUUCUGUUAGAUCUUUUUAUAAGAAAAUAAAACUUCUAAUCCUCAAACUUUAACAUAAAACUUAGCUCCAACUGCUUAGUUAGACUACAAGAAAAUAUGA